ACACUGAGCACAAACAAUCAACCGAAGUGUGUGUGUGUGUGUUUGAUUGGAUGGUUACAACAACAACCUACAUUAUACUCCUAAAAAAAAACUCAGAAGUGAUGCAUUAAAAGUGCUUUCACUUUCACCUGAAGAAGACAAGUGAUGAAUAGUGUCUAGAAAAUUGUACAACCACUUUUAGACGAAGAAGAAGAAAAUUAUCUACGAUUAUUACUGGGAACAAAACUCUGACAAAAUCAAAUGGACAGGAGAGCACUGAUUCAAAAAUUCCAUCAAAUGGAUAAAAAUGGUGAUGGUUAUUUAACAGCUGAAGAAAUUCGUAUUUGUGUGAAACGUUCUGGACUGCCGGAAAAGCAAGUGGAUGAGUUUUUACGGCUAUUUGAUCUGAGUGGUGAUAAUGUUGUCACACUACAAGAAUAUAUUUGUGCACUUGGUUUACAGCCUCCACCGCCAAAAGACAUUGAACAAUGGAGAACAGCAUUUCGUGAAAUGGAUCGUGAUGAAUCAGGACAGUUAUCCUUAGACGAAAUCAGACAAGUACUACACGAACUUGGAUAUCAUCGGUUGGGGGAAGAGGAAUUACUCAACUGGAUGAAUAAAGUUGACAAAAAUAAUGAUCAGUUAAUUGAUUUCGGUGAAUUUUGUGCAUUAUUACAUGAAAACUGGCAAAAUAAAGGAUAAACUAUUUAUUUUAAGAGUGUUAACCGCUUUUCAUUUCUUUAGAUCUUUAACACACACGCACAUAAUACAUACAUACAUACGUUCAUACAUACAUAGAAAGUUAUGUUCACUGGCGGGUAGAAGUACACUAACGGUAUUGUAUACUGUAGCGCAUAAGAAGAAGAAGAAAAUACAUUGAAAGCUUAUUUUUCAACAUAUCAGUUGACAACUGACAAAUUCUCAUCUGGUACUGAUCAUGUAUUUAUUACAAGUUGCCCCCCGCUCAAAAUAAAAUAAAAUCUUUAAAC